UGCGCCAUUGCGCAUGACAGUCAGUGCGGCCUUGCGGACUGAGGAGCGCUGCCAACAAAGGCCGAGUCGAUGGGGUUACAAAAAGAUUGUUAAUUUGGACUUCAAAACCCUUUGUUGUUGUAAUUAUUAUUAUAAAUAGGUUGUGAAUCUGUGAUUACUGUUAAGAAAAUGUGUGAAUGAUAUGAAACGUGACGACUAGCAAAGGAGUCAGCUGGUCCACAGUGCGAAUAGUGAAUAAGAAAUGGCGGCCUUGCCAGCAGGUGUUCAGUAUGGGUUAUCAUCAGAGUCUAGUUAUAAAGAAAAUAAGGAACUAGUGUUUGUGAAACUUACGGAUUCAGCUCUGAAAGCUAUAGAAGACUUCAUUAGGAAUAAUAGGGAUAAAUUGGCAAAACCUACGAUACAGUUCCUACCCGGAAAUGAAGGGAAAAUCUCAAUUCCGGCACCCGCAACUAGCAAUGGCCCGACUCAUGAAUCUACGUUUCACUUCAGCAUCAAUAGUAAUGCAGAAAUGGAGGGUCCACAGGGUUCGUUUGAGUGCGUCAGGAGCGGCGGCGCGCGGCGGUUGGAGGCGUGCGGGCCGCUGCCGCGGCGGAUGCGCGUGCAGGCCAACGACGACUCGUACGAGGCCACCAAGGACCGCAUGGCGAGAACGGUGGCCGCCGAACAGAGUAAAUGCACCCGAGUGAUAAAACCGAACCAAACGGACAUCGGUCGGCGUGUGAAAGUGCGCUCCUCUCAUCCCCUAUACUCGUCCGGGCCCGCCGCGCUCGGGGCCGAGCGGCCGGAGCGGGCCGAGCGGCCCGAACGGCCGGAGCGGCCCGAGCGGCCCGAGCGGCCCGAGCGGCCGGCCACGCGGCCCGCGCCCGCGCCCGCGCCGCAGCCGCAGCCGCUCCCCCACCAGCCGCAGAGGCCCCCUCAGAACCCGCAACUCGCGAGGCGGUCCAUCAAAGAAAGACUUAUACAGUUAUUAGCAUUGAAACCCUUCAAAAAGCCGGAGUUAUACUUAAGGCUCAAUCAAGAGGGAAUCAAGGACAAGGAACGCAGUGUGGUGAACAAGAUCCUGCCUCAGAUAGGCUCCCUGAAGGACAACUGUUACCACUUACAUAGGCACAUAUGGAACGACGUCAACGAAGAUUGGCCGUUUUAUACCGAGGAGGAGAAACGCAUACUCAAGAGGCGGAAACCUCAAAAUCUAACACCGCCGGUGUCGUCGGACUCGACCAACUCCCUGUCGCCGCGCGCGUCGCCGGGCGCCAAGCGCGCCGGCGCCGCCGACGACGUGGUGGCCGCCAAGAAGCAGCGCAUCUCACACUACCGCCGCGUCUCCCCGCCCUCCUCCGGCUACGCCACCGGCUCCUCCGGCGCCUCCUCCGGCGAGCGCCACGCCUCCGACAACGAGGACGACCGGACCACAGUCAAAAAGGAUAACGGUUACACCCUCAGUUUUAACACUGUCAAGGAGCUUUGCCCCAGUCCUGUGAAGGCGAACGGUUAUAGAAGUAGUCCCCCAGUAGAGCAAACUAGUAUCACAGAAAAAGACAUCACAAAUACGGAACCCUUAGAAAAUACUGAAUUAACGUCGGUGCCCGAUGAGACCAUGACUGAUUUGGAAGAGAUUGAAAGGCAAUACCCGCCAAUAACGAGUUCGAGUACGCGGCGAGCCUACAAGAACGAGUUCGCGGAGCUAUACACCGAGUACCAAUCCCUAUACGCGCGCGUCGCGCAAGUCGCCAAGCUGUUCACGUCGCUCGAACUCCAGCUCAAACGCGCGCCGCCUCACUCACCGCACCAUCAGAGCAUAGAACAACGCAUCGUAGAAGAAUACCGGCGCGUGCAGAACGACGGCGAAUACCAGGCGCAGAAGCGUCGCGUUAACUACUUGCAUCGCAAGCUCACGCACAUCAAGCGGAUGGUGCAGCAGUACGAUGAACUGCGGAGCCUGAAGUCGGAGCGCGUGUCGACGGCGAGCGCCAGCACGACGCAGGCGUACUGACGGUGACGCGCCUCGCCCGCCGCCGCCGCCCGCCGCCUGUAGCCGCGGUCACGCCGCGUGACGCGUGACCGGUGACCGCGUGACCGGUGACCGCGCGACCGCGUGACCGCGUGACCGUUGACCGGUGACCGGCGACCGGCAGGCGGAGACAGAGUGCCUUGUGUCGACUACGGUCCGCCGUCGAUUUGAUCAGUGCGCGUUGCGACUCCGAUCCGGCCCGAUUGAAACCUCGGUCGCGUUUCCGAUCUAUCCACACAGUGCCAUGUUCGUUUGCGGAUUCGCAACCGUGCGGACUGACAUGAUUGUUUCGUUAAUGAUUUUAAGGAUUAUUAUUAUAGUUUUAGUGAUCCCGUAUCUCGUCGAGCGCCGCGGCCGAGGUCCCGGCGUGUUCCCGUGUCGACGUUCUUCCAUUAAUUGUACGACGACCUCGGCCGCCCGGAUAUGUAACGCGCGACUCCCGCGCCGCGCGCGCGACUGAACACCUACACCGUCACAAACUCCCGAUGAGAACCCGCAGUGCAUACAUAACGAUAACAUAGUUAUUAUAAUGAUAGAGCAAAUUAUUUUACAUUACGAGCUUUUAUAUCACUUCACUUCGUAUAUUUGUUUGUUUAUAUAUUUGCAAAUUUAUAGUCGCCCACUUCCAGUGUUGUAUAAAUUUGAGGACAAUACAUUAAUAUCGACCAAUGAGCUGUAUUGAAAAUGAAAUUAUAAUAUGAACUUAUUUUUUAUAUUUAUAAUAUGUAUAUAUAAAUUCUCUCAAUGAUCUUCAUAAAACUGUCUCUUGCUUUCAUAUACAUAAAUAUAUUUCGAAAAUGUAUAUAUUAUACGUAAUAACUGACCAUUAUUUUAUAAAUUAUCAAUGAUUUACCGUACUUCCUGUAAUAUAAUUUCAAAAUAAUAUCAAAUGAGAGAAUAAACUGUUCUUGAAAAUAACCGCGUACUAUCGAUGAAUAUCUGGCAAAUGAAACAUCGGACAAACAUUUUUCGAAGUUGUAAUAUGAAACCAUUCAACUCGUUGUGAAGUCAACAUUCAUCUUAGCUCUUACUUUGUGUAAAAUAUAUGAAUAGAAAAACAAAUUAUUAUCUACAUAAUAUAGUCCACUUGAUAUUUUUUCGUCCACAUUUUAUUCCAUUCGAAAAUAAUUGCCGUCUAAUGUUGUUGUUGUCCAAAUGAAAUUUGCUUAUACUGAUUGAAUUAUUUUACUAUUACCAACAAUUUUGACAAGUCAAUUUUAAGACUAUUGGCCUUGGAUUACAAUUAUAACAUCUUAAGUCGGUGAUGUUAUUGUCAAUGUCCACGAUCCUUUCGAAUGCUGUUUGGAAGGUUGUCCAUCUUCGUCCCUUUAAGGAAUCCAUCCAUUUAUAGAUGGACGUUUGUUUUGUUUUAUGAUAUCUUGCCCAGGUUCGUGUUGUAUAUAGUAUUUAAAAUAAUGCCUCCGAUUGCGCUUGGCGUAUAAAAUAAUGUCCUUGUUGUGUCCGCAUAUUUAUUUGUCUUCUAAUCGCCAUUGAAAGAUCUUGUAAAUAUUAUAAUACGCUUGAGAUUGACGGUCGAUACUGACUGCUUUUAUUUGAAAAAUUCCAUACAAGUUGUGUCCUAAAAUUGCGACAACCGGCCAGUGUGAAACAUCCACUAGGAGUAAGAAAUUAUUUUGGUCCUCUUCGGAACUACCCUCCAGAACACAAUAAACUCUUAGUACAUAUAGUGUGCUCGGGCGAGGCGGUGGCUGUUAAGAAAGUUACUGGAAAAUCCAAGUCAAAUUACUUCCAUGACAACCUAACCCUAAACUCUUUGGAGUCUAAAUUUGCGAGCCAAAAAUCUGUCGUGACAUUAACUAAUAUGGUCUUUUCUAAUUUAAUUUUAACUUGAUUUCAGUAGCUAACUUGCUUGCUCAGUAACAAUGAAAAUAUCAUAAUAAAAGUGCUAAACAAUUUUGAUAAACAUGUCAAACGAGAUAUAAUUUACUAUACUUAGUUUUCAAGCUUUGGAGAAUUCAAUCAAUUAAUAAAUAACUUGUCAAAUCUAAAUCAAAUUCGUUACACGUUACUUUGUUUAAAAAAUAGUAAAUUAGAUACUUUUAAAAUAUUCAAAAUAGGGUAAAAGGUUAUUUUGUACAUCAGAAGUAGGCCACCGUCGUCAGCCCGAGGGAGAGCCGUCUUGCAUAUUUUGUCCUGAUGUUAACGUCCAUAUUGAAAUGAUUUAUAGCGUUAAGUAACUCUGGUUUCAUUGCUCGAGUCCAGCUAAUUCCAAACGCAUGAAUCAAUUCUAAACGCCAGAAGCGUCCUAAAUUCUAAUGUCAUUUAAU